AUGAAAAGGAAGGCUGGUCUACUAAGUCACUUCAACGAGGUGUUGUGGGAGCCACGUCUUGCGUACCUGGCAGACAUAUUUGAGCAGCUAAACAGGCUGAAUCUCAAGCUACAAAGCAAGGAAAGAAAUGUGUUUCACCACAUGGAUUGUAUUCGUGCAAUUCUUGACAAACUCCAGAACUGGCAAAGGAAAGUCAGUGAGGGAAAUGUUGUCAAGUUUGAGAAUAUCUCAAUUGUUCUUGACGAGAUUGAAGAGGAUCAUGUACUUGACCCAUCGCUCAAAAAUGAAAUAAUUCAGCACUUAAAAUCCUUGGAAAGUGAGCUCAAAAGGUACUUCCCAGAAUUCGAGGAGGAAGAAGGGAAAUUGGUGAGGAAUCCUUUCCCUGGCACUCUUGAUAUUGCUGCCAUUCCCGACGAUGGUCAAGACGAAUUCCUUGAUCUCAGGAACGAAUCUGCUGCCAGAGACCUCUAUAAAGAAAAAUCUCUGACUUAUGUCACGGUGAAGGGUCGCUUCGGCACUAUUGGGCCGCCACCCACCGGAGACAUCUUGGCCUAG